AAAUCAACAAGUUAAUUUUGUGUCACAUCUCUGCUGAACCAUUUUUCAAUUACUAUAACUCUUGGUGUGUGUCUCAGUAGUUGCGCGUAUAAGUGAAUUCGAAUAAAAUGUGGUGCCAUAUAAAGAUCAUUCUGUCUUUGCUAGUUGUGGUUAAAAUUGCCGAAUCGAAAGCUAUCGAUGCCAAAACGAAUCCAUGUAAUAAAGAUGAAUACUUAAAUCCGGUGACCAAAAAUUGUUCGGCCCUUCUGGGGGGCGGAGAAGCAAUGUUUAUUGAUCAAAGCAAACAAUGUGUCAACAAUUUCAUUGGAGUGAAACCUUAUCCGGACAAUGAGAAAUUUUACGUAAUAUGCGACACGGAUUUCGUCGUCUUAGCCAACUGUCGAGACAAUUCAAGAUUUGAUACGAACACUUUAAAAUGUGAAGCGAUUAACAAAUUUCCCUGCAAUGUGACACAAAUGCCAACAUGCAUAAAUUCUGGACGCUUUGCUCUCGAGCAAAAUUGCUCAUGCUUCUACACAUGCAACAGUGCCGAUGGUAAAGAGGAAUUGAUUUCAACAAUAAUGCAAUGUCCAGGAACGUCGCUGUACUCGCCGGCAAUCAGAAGAUGCUCAUACUCAUUUAAAACCCCACCAACUGAGAUUUUGAAUGAAAGUGACAUUGAUCCGGACGAAAGAGGAAUAUUCCCGCCAUGCACAAAGCCCGGGAAGUUUCGUGUGCCGACCGAUUGUUCGAAAUAUUAUACAUGCAGUACAAAGACUAAUGGACGAUUUUAUCAAUCCCGAUUCAAGUGUUCAGAUGGCUUUUAUUACGAUUGUAAGCUUGAAGAAUGCAAACCCUAUGCAGAAGUCACAUGCGAUAUGAUGUCAAUCGUUGAAAUUUUAAAUUUAUUUGAUUAUUAUCGGACACAAAAAUGCGGCAAGCUGAACAACACAGAUAAUGAAUCGAUUGUACAAUGUAUGAAUGCAACGAACGAACCGAAUAUCAUAACAACCGAGCAAUCGACCAAAAUUGAUAUUAUUUCAUCGACGCCCGAGCAAAUCCUCAACACAGUUACAACACCCAAACCAAAUGUGAAUACAGCUUCGAACGAAUCACAAAUUGAAACAUCAACUGCAACUUCUCUUUUUUCAUCAACCCACGAUUAUGAUGAUGAUGAUGAAAAAAUGGAAUUACUCAGUGCUGAAAGUUCUCUGCGAGAACGCAAAAGAAAAACGACAUUAGCUCCGGCUAGCACAACAAUCACAUCAGUAGGUGAAAAAACAUCAUCAUUUGCUCAAGUAACGAAUGAAUCAACCGUUGGAUCAAAUGAUAUCGAAAGUAGCACCGUUGCGUCUACCACCGAAACUUUGUUGGAAUCAACCACGAAUGAUAAUGUAGCAUCAGGCAUCGAAAUCGUUUCAACUGAAAACAGUGCUAAAGUGACAGAAUCGAUGGAUGUCUUGGCAGCAAUAAAGGAGAUAAGCACAGAACCAGACUCCGAUGACUAUGUUCCAAAUGUUGGUUCAGUUCAAAAUACCAAUGAUGAUUUUUUGACUACAACAUCCACUGAUAAAAGUGAACCAUUGAGAACGACGACGACAAUGAUGACAACCACAACAUUUGUACAAACAACCAUUCCAAAUGAGUUCACAUCCAUUUCAAAUGAAACGGAAUCGUCGGAAAAUGUCACAACUACAACUGAAUCAACGAGCACUACAAUCGAUUCAAAUAUCUCCAUUUCGACUGAAGAAACAACACAGUUAACGGAGCACAUGAGUACAUCUACUACUGAAACCAGUAAAAAUUUGACAACAGAAAUGCCUGAAAUGACAACAUCACAACCUUUUUCAACAACUAUUGAAAAUGAUGAUUUUCAAUCCAAUGUUGGUUCAAUCCAAAAAAUUAUCGAAAGUGACAGUACUGAGGGUACCAACCAGUCUUUGUUAGAAUCAACAACAAACGAAAAUGUAAUAUCCGAUCUUGAUACAAAUAAUACAUCGACAUUGAAUACAAUUUUUUCCACGACCGAGCCAACAAUUUCACCUACAAUUCUCAGCACCGAUGACUCAUCGCAAUCUAUCACGAUGACUGAACAGAGUACGAUUUCGACUUUAUCAACAGAAGUAGCGCAAUCAUCCGAUGGAAGCGACGCACCGACGGAAGCGAAUGAAAGCACCUCAACUACUGUUUCAAAUUCACCAUCAAACAGUACCGAACACUCUAUUUCAUCUGGAAACAUUUCAAAUGCAUCCAAAAGCAUAACAAAUAGUACGGAAAAUAUACAAAUGACGAGCUCUUCAUCAACCAGUGGAACAGAAAUAUAUUCCGAAAGCGUAACAAAAUCUUCUUCAGAUGUCACCACCACCUUUAAACCAAGCAUAGCAAUAUCAACUUUAGCACCAAAUAUGGAUUUUGGUACGAAUAAGACAAGUCUUGAGAGUCAUUCAUUGUUAAUUUCAAGUGAAAGUCAAGACACACCAACGACUGCUUUUUUUGGUGCCGACCAAACGACGAGCCCAAAUGAUUUAACAACGCUUGAAUCUGACAUUGAUUCAACAACAACUGAAAUGAAUCAACAGAAUUUAAAUGGCACAACUGAAAUCGAAAGUAAAUCAAUACUUAAUGAAAGUACAACUGUCGAUACUGAAAUGAAAUCAACGUAUGAUUCAAGCGAAAUGACAACAAUAUUGAGUACAACACCGAAUCCAACGCAAAGCACAGAUUUGAAUCAAUUGCAAACAUCUGAAACGAGUGUACCAACAGACGCAACCAUACCAAGUACAACCGAAGAUGCAUUGAGUUCAGAACCAAACGUUGGAUCAAUAAAUACUAGAAGUGGUGGAAGUUCCAUUCCAACUGAAAGCGAAUCACCUCCGAUCACAGUACCGCCAAAUGAACAGAGCUCAUCUUCGACUGAUCCAAAUCAAUUUGCAGGAAAUCCAAUCACAACUUCGCAAAAAAGUGACUUGAUCGAUGCUACAAUUUUUCCAAAUAUUACAGAGAGUCCACUAAUCUCAACAUCACCCAAAAGCAAAGAGAUAAACACAGAAACGCAGCCAAUAGACACAUUUGGAGCAACUCAAAAUUCAGAUGAAAGAACGCCGAUCGAAAAUGAGAGCACAUUCAAUUCAAACGAACCUGGUGUACAGAUAGGAACAACAACUGCCAGUCUUUUAGAAAUAUUAACUACCACCCUGUGGCCGACAGCCAUCGAAACAGCAGAUAAAAAUCAAACUACAACUGAAUCGACUUCAAUCGAUAGCUCAACCGUAAAUCAAACGACAAUCGAUGAUGCUGUGUCAACUACAACAGCAGAAUGGCCGCAUGUUCUGGUUAAUAAUUCAUUCAUUGAAAUGGAUGAAGAAAAAGUACCUGCCAAUGCACAGCCCAUUUUAAGCGUGAACAUAAAACGAAACGUUUUUUUCAAAGUCAACUUCACCGGUGCCGAUUGCUGUUAGUAAACGAAAGUAGCCAAGUUUUAUAUAUGACACACUUUCAAACAUGUUUUCAUGUCAGUUCGUUUUGUGCAAUCAAAAUGAUCAAGAAAUAGUUUUAGU